AUGGCGUCGCUGCCGCUCCCCGGCUCUUCCUCCUUCUACUCAAGCGAGGGCGAGCUCGCCUGCUUCCCGUACCCGUCCGAGCUCGUCUCCUUCUACCUCCGCCCAAGAAUCUCCGGCCAGCCCCUCCCGGACGCCACCAAGCAGUUCUUCCACGAGGCAGACGUAUACGCCACAGAUCCGGCCUCCCUCGUCUCCGGCCGCCUGCCAGGCCCGGCGAGGGCUCAAGGCGAGAGCAAGAACUGGUACUUCUUCAGCCUCGUGAAGCCCAGGAGCGCCCAGGACGUCCGCAAGUGCCGGAUCGUCGGAGGAGGCAAAGGCACGUGGAAACAAGAGCGAGGGAAUGACGUCGUCGGCGCCGAGGGCCACGCCGUCGGGCGCUUGGAGAAGUUCACCUACACGCCCAGUCCCAAGGAAGACAAGAAGCCGCCGGAGUGGCUCAUGAUGGAAUUCAGCGUCGGCCAAGAAGACGGCGGCGAGCCGAGGCCGGUUCUUUGCCUCUGCAAGAUCUACCAGAGCCCGCGGUUCCUCAAGUUCGCCUCCAAGAACUCGGUGUCCGCGCGCAAGAGGAAGACGCCGGACGAUGGCCCUCGUCUUUCCCCGCCAUCUCUGCACGCGUCUGCACCCAAGAAGAGCAAGGCCCCCAUGGACGAAUCACUCGCAGCCAGACGGCAGCUCCUGUUUCCUCUAACACCGUCGUUGCCCCCUCCAUCAAAUCUGCCGUCGCCCGUCCCUUCGCCCCCUCCUUCCGCGCCAAAUCCCGUGGUGGAACUGGAAGACGACUUCUUGGCGAAGAUUCUUGCGGACCCAGAGAUGAACUGGUCCUGGGAAGAGCUAUCUGCGCCCUUGCCCUGCUCAAUGACGGCAGUGGCACCGGCCCUGCUGGGAUCCUGCCAUGGAAGUCAGUGCGCUUAA